AUGAGGGCCUUCACUCUUUUUCGAUCCCUGACUCAUGUGUUGUUGGUGCAUCUGGCUGCGACUUCGUGCGUCGUGCCAGAUGAAUAUGCACUGCUACCAUCCCCGGACGGCCAUUUCUUCCAAGACUCGAACAACAAGCCCUUCUUCUGGCAGGCGGAUACAGCUUGGUUGCUAUUUCACCGGCUCAACUUCUCCGAGUGCGAAGCGUAUCUGGCUGAUCGAGCCGCCAAGGGAUUCAAUAUUGUCCUUGCUGUAGGCUUCACCCAGAUCGGAAUUGACAGCCCAAACAGAAACGGGGAUCUCACCUUCAUCAACAAUGAUAUCUCACGGCCCAAUGAACUAUAUUGGGCAUAUAUUGAUUCCAUCGUGGAGCUCGCGUGGAGCAAGGGCAUCCGUAUCGGGCUCGUCCCUGCAUGGGGAAAGUACAUCCAUUCAGACCAAAAUGUUGGCUCGUUCAUCGACUCCACCACAACCUACCCAUUCGGCCACUUCAUCGGACAGCGCUAUCCUUACUUGCCCAAAAUCCUCGGCGCUGACACAAAUCCAUGGUGGACAAACAAAACUGCAGUCAAGGCUGAUUAUGCCGCGGGAGGUGUGCCGUCUACGUACACGUUCACAAGCUGGAGCAACAUCUAUAACAAGCUUGUCGAUGGUACUGUGGACGGCGAACGUUCUGCCCUCGCCGCUAGGAAUCGGACUGGAAAAGAUUCCUGGUGGCCGUUGAUGACCAUCCAUCCAACGAAUCAAUGGUUCCAAGACGGACCACUGGCGCUUGCCAGCGCUUUCUUCGGAGGCAGCUCAUGGCUUACUUUUGACGCCAGCCAAUCCGGCCACGCUGACUAUCCACCCAACCCACCUAUCCCUUGGUGGAACGCCCGUCGUGGAUGGGAACCAGUCACACUCAUGUAUUCGGGAGGAGAAAAGAGCGAAAGAAAAAGACCAGUGCUAGAUAACGAGGCACACUACGAAGGCAGGUAUAUCAACGGCAAGGCUGGUAAUCCUUACUGGAACGCUACCGAUAUACGCGUGGGGAGUUGGCAGGCUGUAUUUUCCGGUGCCGCUGGCGUCACGUACGGAGCAAACAACGUGAUGCAGAUGUACAUUCCCGGCCUCUUCAGCCCUGAUGGCAGUGGACCUGCACGCUCUUGGGCAGAGGAUCUUCAUCUGCCGGGCUCAGGUCAAAUGCAAUACAUCAAGAAAGCUGUGAUGGAUCGUAGAAGUACCAUGAAUUUCUCUACAGUUCCGGCUCAGGAACUGCUUGUUGGAGAUAUCGGUAAGGAUCUUGCCAACACCCAGAAUGGACUAAUACCCGCCUUUACUCUCGGUUUUGCAGACACUGAAACGAGUACAGGAACGGACGAUGAGCGCAUUACUGCACUUCGUGACUCAAAAGGGUCGUGGAUCAUGGUUUACAACCCUACCGGAAGAGCAUUCUCUGUCGAGAUCACGACCCUCGAGGGGAGCGAAAUUGGCGCCAAGUGGUACGAUCCGACGACGGGAAUUUACCGUGUCUUCGACUACCACCGGGAAGACAUGCCCUCGCAGACUACGAGAGAGUUUGUACCAGCGGCGGCAGAGGGUCACCUGGACUAG